AUGCUAGCUAAUACCCACUCGAUACAAUCUUUCAUUGAACGUGAAGAAAACUGGGAAGACGUCGAAUUCCCAGUAUCUGGAUUAAUACCUCAUGACAAGUUGUCAGUUACAACACGUGAGCCGUUUCCGGAUUUUAGUGAAGAGGAAUAUGAUGAGGAAGAAGAUUCAUUCGGAUCGGAUUGCAGUACAUUAAUAGCCAAGUUUAGUCCGCAAGCCGUCCAGAUUAAUGGCAACAUGAUGUUUGACCCAGUGAAAAAGCAGUGGUCAAGGAUAAAACGCUCGCAUGACGAAGAGUCUGAUUGUUCUGAUGACGACGACGACGACUGGCUAGUAGAUGACAAUAACAGUAAUAAUAAGGAGGAAGAAGAUCAGUUUAAGGUUGGAAGAGAAUUCGAUAUUACACCGGGAUUGGAGGCGAUGUUGUUUGCUGCUGAAAGACAGCAUGGUAAAGAUAUGAUGAAAUGGUAUCCGGCACCUCGAUUUCCCAAGAAUGAGGAGAGGUUUGGAUUGAAGAAUAUGACUGUUCUUAAAGGACAUCUGUAUGAGAUCAGAAAGUCAGGUUUUAUUCAUUCGGACGUCAAGUCGUCUCUUCGAAUAUAUCACUUGCGUCAAGCUUCAACUUUACCUGCAGUCGCGAAUACAAGAAAUCCUCCGCAAUGGACACCGAAACAGACUGCGACUGUUGCCUCACUGAUAAGACAAUAUUUCGUAACUGCGUAUAGUUUUAAUACGUAUAAGAUAGUGAAGGAAUUGGAAGAGAAGGGAUUUACCAGAGGACAGUCUGUGGCUAUAAUGAAGUGCUUUAGGGCUUUAUUACUGGAUACGUCUACAACCCUAAAGUCACAGAUGCUUGCGAAAUCUGGAUUGGAUAAUGAACUAUAUCUCUUCCGCGCAGCUCUUAGCGAGCUUAGGACAGAAAUGCAGAUUCUGCGUAAAAACGAUACCGCUGCUCUCCUCUCCCAAACGUCGCAAAUUCAACGAGAUCUCAGUGCGAUCUCCCGCCGCAUGACUGAUGAUAUUUCAACACUGAAAAACGAGAUGCAGAUUGAUUUCAAUAAUCGAAAGGACGAUAUAAGGCUCGAUCAGAAAAAAAUGCAGCUAAAGUUGGAAGAAAUGAAUAAUCGGUGUAUGAUUGCUUUAGGGGAAAUAAGAACGGCGGUUGAGGCGCUCAAGUGGGAGACUACGAGGAAAGGAAUAAUAGCGAUACUUGGGAUAGGGGCGUUUGGUUUAUUGGUCAUGUUUGUUAUGGAGAAAAGCGCUCGAAAGCAACAGGCGAAUCAGAAAUCGACAUUUCCUGAACAGCAGGAUGAAAUGACUUUGGGAUAUAUUGCACCAGUGCAGUAG